AUGGCGGAUUCCAACCCUGUUCAAGAGGCCGAGGCCUCCAUGGCCAACCUUUUGCUCGACGAUGUCACCGGCGAGCGAGUUUCCAAGACCGAAUUGAAGAAGCGUCAGAAGCAGCGUGAGCGGGAUGCCAAGAAGAAGGAGAAGGCCGCUGCUGCUCCUCCCAAGGCCGAGAAGAAGAAGGUCUCUGCCGAGGAAGAGGAAGCCAACUUGACUCCUAACCAAUACUUCGAGAUCCGCAGCAAGCGCAUCAACAAGUUGCGCGAGACCAAGAACCCGGACCCUUACCCCCACAAGUUCAAGGUCACCCACGACCUGCGCGAAUUCGUCAAGGACUACGCUACUCUGGCUACUGGCGAGCAGAAGCCCGAUGUUCCCAUCCGCAUUGCUGGCCGUAUCUACACCAAGCGCUCCUCCGGUACCAAGCUGUACUUCUACGAUAUCCGUGCCGAAGGUAUCAAGAUCCAGGUGAUGUGCCAGGCUCAGCAUGCCACUGGCAAUGUCCCCUUCGAGGAGCAGCACGAGCAGCUGCGCCGAGGUGAUAUCAUCGGUAUUGUCGGUUUCCCUGGCCGCACUGCCCCUAAGAACCGCCCCGACGGUGAACUGUCCAUCUUCGCCAACGAGGUCACCCUCCUGUCCCCUUGCUUGCACGCCAUUCCCUCCGAGCGUUUCGGUCUCCAGGACAAGGAGCAACGUUUCCGUCAACGUUACCUUGAUCUUAUCAUGAACGACCGUGCUCGCAACACCUUCCGCACCCGUGCCAAGAUCGUCUCCUACAUCCGUAGCUACCUCGACAACAUGGACUUUACUGAGGUCGAAACACCUAUGAUGAACGCCAUUGCUGGUGGUGCGACUGCCAAGCCCUUCGUCACCCACCACAACGAAUACAACCAGGACCUCUUCUUGCGUAUUGCCCCCGAGCUGUACCUGAAGAUGCUGAUUGUCGGUGGUCUGGAGCGUGUCUAUGAACUUGGCCGUCUUUUCCGUAACGAAGGUGCCGAUCUUACCCACAACCCCGAAUUCACCACCUGUGAAUUCUACAUGGCCUAUGCCGAUAUGUACGACUUGAUGAACAUGACUGAGGAGCUUCUUUCCGGCAUGGUGAAGCACCUUACCGGCGGUUACGAGACUACAUUCCAUGCCCACGAUGGCACAGAGUACACUGUUAACUGGAAGGGCCCCUGGAGGCGAGUGGAGAUGAUCCCCGCCUUGGAGGAGGCCUGUGGCGAGACUUUCCCUCCCGGUGACCAGCUUCACACAGACGAGACCAACCAGUUCCUCCGUGGAGUUCUCAAGAAGAUGAACGUGACAUGCACACCGCCAUUGACCAACGCCCGUAUGUUGGAUACUUUGGUCGGAGAGUUUAUUGAGAGCACUUGCGUCAACCCCACCUUCAUCUAUGGCCACCCCCAGAUGAUGUCCCCAUUGGCCAAGUAUGACCGUGUCAAGCCUGGUAUUUGCGAGCGUUUCGAGGCCUUCGCUUUGAAGAAGGAGCUGGCCAACGCCUACACCGAGUUGAAUGAUCCAUUUGACCAGCGCAUGCGCUUCGAAGAGCAGGCCCGUCAAAAGGACCAGGGUGACGAUGAGGCUCAGAUGAUUGACGAGACUUUCUGCACUUCCCUUGAGUACGGAUUGCCUCCAACCGGUGGCUGGGGCUUGGGUAUCGACCGUUUGGUCAUGUUCCUCACAGACAACUACAGUAUUCGUGAGGUUCUUACUUUCCCCUUCAUGAAGGAGGACAAGACUGCCGUUGAGGGCAAGUCUGCCGCGGAGGUUGCUGGAAUUGAGCCCAAGCCUGAGGAGGGAAUCCCCCACAAAUAA